AUGGAGCAGCAACAGAGUGUCGUCGAAGAUGUCAUGGGUAUAGCAGAUAGAAGGAAAGGCUGUUGGCGCAAUCAAGACUGCAACAGCUGUCUCAGAAGCAAGUAUAGUUGUGGAUGGUGCCCGAGUAGUUCCACCUGCGUCCCCUCACCAAAAAACCUCCUCUCACCACUCAACCACCCCGUUUGUCCUCUCGCCUCUGAACGCUACGAACUACGAACCGCAGCACUUGGAUGCAAAUGCAGUACAUACACCUUACUCAGCAUUAUCAUCACGGUAUUUUGUACUCUUGGGGCGGUGCUAUUUGUGUCGUUAGUGUUGUGGUUGCUUAAGUGGUGGGGAAGGACGAUGAGAUCGGGUGGUUGGGAGAUUGUGGUUGAGGAGGAUGGGACGGUGAGGGAAGGGACGUGGAGGAGAGGGAGUUGGUGGCCCAGGUGGAUGGUUGCAAGGAGGUGA